AGAGUAUGAAGUGAUAGAACAGAUUGGUAGAGGAGCUUUUGGAGCUGCAUUUCUUGUUCAUCACAAGUUUGACAAAAGAAAGUAUGUAAUGAAGAAGAUUCGUUUGGCUAAACAGACUGACAAGUUCAAGCUCGCUGCCCAUCAAGAGGUUAGUCACUUUAAUCAUCAAAACACUAACAUUCCUUUAUAUCAAACUUUGUUCAAACAUGGUCGGAGUUAAGAGUAUAUGUUAGUAUUAUAUUUAAAUGAAUCGGUUCCCUAAAUGUAGAUAAAAUUUCCUUUUUAAAUUAUUCAUCUAAAACUUUUUUUCGUGUAGCCAAAAGUGGCUACCAGAUCGGCCUUUUAGAAAUUAUUAUAGAAUAUUAAAACUUUAAACUGUGUAAUAAAUAGCUUCUUUUUUUUCCCGCUAAAAUAUAAUAAAUAGGUUUCACUUUGGAGAAAGUAGAGUACAACUUUGAGUCCAUUCGAAACAUCAGUGAUUCAGAAAUAGGCGUUUCAAAUUGCAAGCCGCAUUAGUGAGAACAAGUCCUCCUCCAUUCCAAUAUUACUGGUCCACGAGUGAGAUUAUAUAUUUCUAACUGUAAAAUGGACUUCACUAUUAUAUAUUGAUAGAGUGUAAAGAUCUUUUACAAGAAAGUGUAGUUUAUAGUACUAUGAUACCUGAUUGGAUAUAUUCACUACUAAAAAAAAUAUGAAUUAGCAUCGGACAAAUUCCGUAGUUAAUAAGAAAAGUUGUCGCUAGACCUAUUUUAACUGGAGUAGGUACUAAUUAUCAAAACUUUCUGUUAGCUACAAGCUAUUUAGCAAAGAAGUUCUUAGUGAUUAUUGCCAAGUUACUGAUUAGUAAUAUUUAUCAUAGCAAUUUACUUAUUUUACCUUAUAAAUUAUCUAAUUAAUUAAAUUAUGUAAAGGAAAAGAACCUACAUGUGUGAGUGACACUACUUUCUUCUUAUUUUACACCCGAAAAAAGUAGAGCGAUAGAUGGCUGUGAUAAAUUAACUUUCCUAUUAUUGGUUAGAGGAAUAUUGUGGCACACCUAACUUGACCUGCUUUCACCAAAUGUAUGCAUUCUGGUGCAACAACCUCCUGACUGUCAAAUAUAUAAGAACAAAGAAUGAGAAAAAAAGUAAAAUGUAAAAUGUUUGGUAGAGAUUAAAUGUUAGAAAUAACUUCCACCUUCUCGCCCAUACUGUUAAGUAAUUAUUCUUUCUGUCAUAUCUUUAAAGUUGUAUUAAAUGAGAAGUGUCUCUUCUCAUUACAAAGUUUGGUAUGCGAACUCCAAUGGUAGCGUUUUGCACGGAAAGAAGGGUCUCAAGUCCGUACUUGCAAUUAUUUUACCACGUAGUCAAGCAAGAUGGAACAAUCACAAGAGCCUUAGAUGAAUUUGAUAGCCAAGCUAGAUAGCCCUUAUAUUGUUGAGUACAAGGAUGCAUGGGUAGAGAAGGACUCCUUUGUCUGCAUUGUUACAAGUUACUGUGAAGGUGGAGACAUGGCUGAAAUGAUUAGAAAAGCCAGAGGAACAUUUUUCCCGGAAGAGAGACUUUGCAAAUGGUUGACUCAGUUGUUGCUGGCUCUUGAUUACCUUCACUCCAAUCGUGUUCUUCACAGAGAUAUUAAAUGCUCUAACAUUUUCCUUACCAAAGACGACGAAAUCAGACUUGGUGACUUUGGAUUAGCCAAAUUGCUGAAUAAAAAUGACCUUGCCUCUUCGAUUGUGGGUACUCCAACAUAUAUGUGCCCUGAGCUUCUAGCAGAUAUACCUUAUGGAUAUAAAUCAGACAUAUGGUCUCUAGGAUGUUGUAUGUUUGAAAUUGCUGCUCAUCAACUUGCAUUCCGUGCUCCUGACAUGGCUGGACUGAUCAACAAAAUAAACAGAUCCACUGUCUCUCCACUUCCAACCAUAUAUUCCUCCACAUUGAAACGACUGAUUAAAAGCAUGCUAAGAAAAAGCCCAGAACAUAGACCUACGGCUGCAGAGUUGUUGAGGCAUCCACAUUUACAACCAUACCUUGCUAAAUGCCGAAAUUUGUCAUCAACAUUUGUACCAAUAUUUGCUGAGAAGGAAGCAAAACAGAAUCUUGAACAAACUCGCGAGAAUUCAACUUCCAAGCCUACAUUAUUAGGAAAUGAUCAAAGGCCUCUGAAGGAAAUUAGACAAGCGAAAAAGCAAGAGAAGGUUGCUGCAGUCGAUGAACUCAAACGUAUGAGAAUCAAAGGUACUGAAUCACCUAACACGUGUAAGAUUGAGCAGAUGAACGUUCAGAUGAAGAAGGUAGAAAAUCUGGAGAAUGAAAGACUCCAAAGCAUAUCCAUUAAGAAAAGUGGAAGCACUAAUUCCAGAAGCUCCACAAGAAGUACUUUGACUGAUCAACAUGAAGAAGGUACAAUUGAAGGAACAAUUCAGAAGAUUGAUAGGCCAAUUGAGGGCAAGAAAGUGGCAAAAUCUCAACAAGAAGAGCAAAAUAAAUGCUUUUUGAAGAAACCAAGAAUACCAAAACCAUAUAUUGAAGUUACUUCACAUGCUAAUGAAGUUGUAGCAAAAGCCAUUGAUCAUCUAAGUAGUAAUCGGGAUACAGAAAAACAACACGAUGGUCACAAACGAGCAGCGAGUGACACUUCAUUAAUGACUACACUGGACAUUUGUUACAAGGGAAGAACAAUAAUAUGAGCAAUGAAAGGGCAGAAGCACUAGAGUCAUUACUUGAACUUUGUGCAGAGUUACUUAAGCAUGAAAAGCUAGAGGAAUUAGCUGGUGUACUAAAACCAUUUGGGGAAGAAGUUGUUUCUUCUAGAGAAACAGCAAUCU